AUGCAUCCAAUAAUCCUCUUCUCCAAAAUGGAUUUUAGUCAGAACAAUUUAUUUGGAUACAUAGAAGACCUGCAGGAACUAACUAUUAUAGAGAGGCCAGUACGCAGGAGCCUGAAGACACCAGAAGAAAUAGAAAGAUUGACAGUUGAUGAAGAACUCAGUGAUAUUGAAAGGGCUGUUUAUCUACUCAGUUCUGGCCAGGAUAUCCAAGGAACAAGCGUGGUAGCAAAUCUUCCAGUCCUGAUGCGACAGAAUCCUGCAGAAACACUUCGUCGGGUUUUACCAAAAAUCAGGGAGGUGCUGCACAUUGCAGGAGUGGAAAUGCAGUUAACAGCUGCUGCUUCAUUUUUGACUGUUCUACAAGAGGAGUUGGUGUCCAUUCAUACGUACUCCCACUCCUUCCUACACAUCAUUCUCCAGAACCUGGAACAUAGAGACGCAGGUGUCAGCAAUGCAUGGCUAGAAACUCUUCUUACUGUAAUAGAAGCUUUACCAAAAGAGACUACCAGACAUGAGAUCCUGAAUCCACUUGUUUCCAAAGCACAGCUUUCUCAAACACUUCAAUCUCGCUUAGUUAGUUGUAAAAUCAUGGGAAAAUUAGCUAACAAAUUUGAAGCUCAUAUUAUUAAAAGAGAGAUUCUUCCAUUGGUAAAAUCACUGUGCGAGGAUGUGGAAUAUGAAGUUAGAACUUGCAUGUGUCGGCAGCUGGAACAUAUAGCUCAAGGAAUAGGGACAGAACUAACAAAAACUGUGGUGCUUCCUGAAUUAGUAGAACUGGCAAGAGAUGAGGACAGCAGUGUACGCCUUGCAGCUUUUGAGACAUUAGUGAAUCUGCUCGAUAUGUUUGAUACAGAUGAUAGGAGUCAAACUGUGCUCCCCUUAGUGAAAUCAUUCUGUGAAAAAUCCUUCAAAGCAGAUGAAUCUAUCCUAAUUUCUUUAUCUUUCCAUUUAGGGAAACUGUGUAAUGGAUUAUAUGGCAUUUUUACUCCUGAACAGCACUUACGGUUUUUGGAAUUCUAUAAGAAGCUUUCCACACUGGGUUUACAGCAGGAAAAUGGACACAAUGAUAAUCAACUACAGCUUCAAACUUUGGAACAGGAAAAGAAGUAUAUUUCUGUGAGGAAGAACUGUGCUUACAAUUUUCCAGCCAUGAUUGUUUUUGUGGAUCCAAAGAACUUCCAUUUAGAACUAUAUUCUAUAUUCUUCUGCCUUUGUCAUGAUCCUGAAGUUCCUGUCAGAUAUACUAUGGCCAUAAGCUUCUAUGAAGUUGCUAAGCUUUUAAAUUCGGGUGUGUAUACAAUACAUAAAGAACUGGUUACAUUAUUACAGGAUGAGUCACUGGAGGUGUUAGAUGCCCUGGUAGGUCACCUUCCUGAAAUCCUUGAACUAAUGACUAAUGGAGGAGAAAACAGUGGAUCAGAAAGCAAGUUAUUGUCUAUUCCUGACUUGAUUCCUGCAUUAACAACAGCAGAACAGAGAGCAGCAACUUCUUUAAAAUGGAGAACUCAUGAGAAGUUACUACACAAAUAUGCAUGUCUCCCUCAUAUCAUAUCAAGUGAUCAGAUUUAUUACCGUUUUCUUCACAGAAUGUUGACAAUCAUUUUGACAAAUAAUGUCCUGCCAGUCCAAAAAGCAGCUGCUCGAACUCUCUGCGUUUAUUUGCGUUAUAAUCGCAAACAAGAACAGAGGCAUGAGGUUAUUCAGAAACUGAUUGAACAACUGGGCCAAGGAAAAAGUUAUUGGAACAGACUUCGUUUUUUAGAUACUUGUGAAUUCAUUAUGGAACUGUUUUCAAAAUCAUUCUUCUGUAAAUACUUCUUUCUACCUGUGCUUGAACUUACACAUGAUCCCGUGGCAAAUGUGAG